AGGCCAUCAUCCAACUCAAAGAAGGUCAAAAAGAGCACGGAACAUACCAUUUCACACACAAGAGUCCUAGUUUUACUUGAUCCUCUCAAGGAACUUGGGGUGGGAGCAGUAAAAUAUGGGCUUCCAAGGGAAGUAACUGCAACCCUCCCUUUUAGCAUGGGCCCAUCCUCCUAUUUUGCUUUUGCUCGCUACUGCUGCUCGCUCUCUCAUUGGGCAUUCAUAAAAGCCCGUCCCAUAACAAUUUGUGCAACCACUUCUCACAUUCCCCUUCCAAACAACACUUUGCCUUCCCCUAUCAUGGAGGAGCCACUCACCCAUGAAUGUGGUGAAGGUAACACCUCCCCCUCCUCCUCUUGCACCCCCACAACUUCCUCCUCCUCCUCCUCCUCCUCCUCCUCCUCCUCUAACUCUGCUUCCUCCACGGCCAUCACCACCACCGCGACCACCACCACCACCACCUCUUCUUGUCCCAAUGCCUCACCAGAAUUAGGCCAAGGUGCAAAGAUUCUUAUGGAGGCCACCCAUAGUGGCUCCAAGCGAGAUGCGGAGGCGAGCAGCGGCGGCGAGGCUAAGAAGCGAAGCAAGGACGGCAAGCAUCCUACGUACCGUGGCGUCCGGAUGCGUAACUGGGGCAAAUGGGUGUCGGAAAUCCGAGAGCCGAGGAAGAAGUCAAGGAUCUGGCUGGGGACCUUCCCGACGGCCGAGAUGGCAGCCCGAGCCCAUGACGUCGCCGCCCUCACCAUCAAGGGCCAGUCCGCCUACCUCAAUUUCCCUGAAUUGGCCUGCAAGCUCCCCCGGCCGGCCACCUCCUCUCCCAAGGACAUCCAGGCGGCGGCUGCUCUUGCUGCGGCCGCCACAUUCGGCGACUGCAGCCCAGGGUCAUGUGGGAGCGUGGAGUCGGCCGCAUGCCGGGACGAGAUCACGACGACCUCCGACUCCCCGCCCCCUGCAACCCCGUCUAGUGGCAACGACGAUGCGCUCUUCGACCUGCCGGACCUCCUGCUCGACUUGAGGGAUGGCUUCUGCUACUCGUCGACAUGGCUGCCCCCGGCGCCGGAGGAGGACAGCACGAUCGGAUUCCGUCUCGAGGAGCCAUUCUUGUGGGGUUACUGCUAGACCUCCGGGUGCAAAACAUCCGAGGAUCUCAACCGCAUUUGGUGAAAAGAGCAAUGCGAGCACCACUUCCUUUUCAGGUCUCGGCAGUCCGAAAGCAUCAAAUUUCAGGUGGAACUCCCCCCUCAACUGGAAUUGAAGGCAGAGGUCAAAUCUCAGAAAUUCUUCAAACCUUUUGCUUGCUCGCUUGCUUGCUAGCUUUUCCAAUUGCUCUACAAGGAAUCUCGAGGGUCCCAGCUGUAGCUAUUUGCAAACUGUGGUCUUUCCUCACCUCUUCAACACACAUUAGGCAGUGCUAAUUUUGUCUAAUAUAUAUAUAUCUAUAUAUUUGGUUUUACAUGUUUUGGGUGAUCGAUCACCUUUAAACUCUUGUGUACAUGAAUAUGGAAUGGAAUGGCAUUCGAGGAGGUGGAUUCUACUGCCUUUCUUUGCUGAAA